AUGAAGGGCAGACCUUUUUAACUAAAAUAAAAGAAAAAUAAAGGGAACUAUGAUUACCGAGAAAAUAGUAGUCACUGCCUAAAAUAUAUUGGGAUCUUCUAAGAGAAAAAAAUAUUUAACAUUUCCUUCGGAUAGAUAAAAAUAUUCUUAAGAAUUUUUUUAUUUAUUUAAAUCAUAGUAUCUUCCUUAUAAUCUAACAUUUCGUAUUAUAGUCUGAACAAAUAUAACAAUCAAGAUAAAACAUUGAUAGGAACUGCUUGUACUCUGACUCCUACAAUAAUCAACACUACUAGUGAUGAAACAGUAGUGUUUAUAGCAUUGGCGAUUACAAUCUAGAUUAUUUAAUCAUAUACUUCAAUUCAAAAUAUGAGGACGAUAUAGUAUUAAGAUUAAAUAUUUCGUGUAAUAGUAUAUAAAUUCCAUAAUAUGAAAUUACUACUCCUGAUUUAAUUAAAAUUAUAUAACAAAUUAUUAUAUGUUAGUAGAUAUGAAGACUUUCUAAUGAGGCUGUAAAUUGUGUGA